UCGAGCUCCGGCGCCAAGGCAUGAGCUGUCGGAGGACAAGGGUUCGCGGCCCGCCAGGGGACAGUCACCACAGAGACGCAGCUGGCACUGGGGCGAGCAAGCGGGCGGGCGGCGCACGGAGCGCGUAGGCGUGUCCCGGCUGGGCCGCGCUGCCCGCCCCACCCCACCGCACGCCAGCCAGGUCGGCCGCCCCCUCCCAGAUCCAGCUCCAGAGCCGAGGCCGGUCGGCCGGGCCCGCGUGCCCUCGGCGGGCUGCGCAGAGCGCGGGAGUAGUUUGGGGCUGGGCAUGCUGGGAGCCUCUCAAGCAACGGCCGCUGCCGCCGCCGCCGCCGCCGCGACACAGCCACAGCCACUGCGUCCGCCCCCGGUGAGCGCCACUGACGCGCGGAGAUGAAAUUCCCGGCCUCAGUGCUGGCGUCCGUGUUCCUGUUCGUGGCCGAGACAACGGCGGCGCUCAGCCUGAGCAGCACCUACCGCUCAGGCGGGGACCGCAUGUGGCAGGCACUGACGUUGCUUUUCUCGCUACUGCCCUGCGCGCUGGUGCAGCUCACGCUCCUCUUCGUACACCGCGACCUCAGCCGCGACCGCCCGCUGGUACUGCUGCUGCACCUGCUGCAACUCGGGCCCCUUUUCAGGUGUUUUGAAGUCUUCUGCAUCUACUUUCAGUCAGGCAACAAUGAAGAGCCCUAUGUCAGUAUCACCAAGAAAAGGCAAAUGCCAAAAAAUGGACUCUCAGAGGAGAUUGAGAAGGAGGUGGGCCAGGCAGAAGGCAAGCUAAUUACCCACCGAUCAGCAUUCAGCCGGGCAUCGGUGAUCCAAGCUUUCUUGGGCUCAGCCCCCCAGCUGACCCUACAGUUGUACAUAAGCAUCAUGCAGCAGGACGUCACUGUUGGAAGAAGUCUCCUCAUGACCAUAUCCCUGUUGUCCAUUGUGUAUGGAGCCUUGCGCUGUAACAUCCUAGCCAUCAAAAUCAAGUACGAUGAAUAUGAAGUUAAAGUGAAGCCUCUGGCAUACGUCUGUAUCUUCCUGUGGAGGAGCUUUGAGAUUGCCACUCGAGUUGUAGUUCUGGUCCUCUUUACCUCCGUCCUGAAGACCUGGGUGGUGGUUAUAAUACUCAUCAACUUCUUCAGCUUCUUCUUGUACCCCUGGAUCCUCUUCUGGUACAGUGGUUCCCCAUUCCCUGAGAACAUAGAGAAAGCCCUCAGUCGGGUGGGCACCACCAUUGUACUAUGCUUUCUAACUUUACUGUAUACUGGUAUCAACAUGUUCUGCUGGUCUGCUGUACAGUUGAAAAUAGACAGCCCUGACCUUAUCAGCAAGUCCCAUAAUUGGUACCAGCUACUGGUGUAUUACAUGAUGAGAUUCAUUGAGAAUGCCGUCCUCCUCCUCCUGUGGUAUCUUUUCAAGACUGACAUUUAUAUGUAUGUGUGCGCACCUCUGUUGGUUCUGCAGCUGCUCAUUGCGUACUGCACAGCCAUUCUCUUCAUGCUUGUGUUCUAUCAGUUCUUCCACCCUUGCAAAAAGCUCUUUUCCUCCAGUGUUGUUGAAGGCUUUCAGAGGUGGUUGAGAUGUUUUUGCUGGGCCUGCAGGCAGCAAAAACCCUGUGAUCCAACAGGAAAGGCAGAUCUACAGUCAUCCAGAGAUAGAGAUGAGACACCUUCUAGCAGUAAAACAAGUCCUGAGCCUAGUCAGUUCUUGAAUGCUGAAGAUCUCUGCUCUGCUUAAUGGGACCCAAGGUCUCAGGGCACAGACAUAUUAUUUUCUGGGUUUGAUACCCUGUUGUUCAUAUAAAUAAUUAGCCCUGCACAGGGAACAAGGCAGGAAGUUAGCUGUCAACUUCUUGUGAGAUGCUCCUCUUUAUAGAGCUCUUGGGUAUGUAGAACUGUAUGGGAAGAUGCCAGGGGUGUUGAAGGGGCAGCCCAAGGCAUCACAGUUCACAGGUAACCAUGUUAUGUUCUUCUAGGCAUUAUUGGCCUUUUCACUGACAAGUUACCCCUGAAAUCUGAGUUGUACUGGUUAGAUGCAUCAGGUGGAAUGAGGAGAGGGGCUUACCUGUUCUCUAGUGUUCCAGAUUGUUGGGUUUGGGUAACCUGAAGAUUUAUUAUCCCUGAACAUAGUUUUCACCCAAGAGCUGUCCUGGUGACCAAAAAAGGUUACUAGAGUUUGCUAUCAAUGACAUCAUUCCAGUCAGAGCUUUCAGGGAGGGAUGUUCAAGUUUGGUUUUUGAAUAGAUAGAUGUUUCAUAUUCAUCUCAUUAGGGCUUUUUGUACAUAGCCAACUGUAGCUACCCUGGCAUGCUAUCUCUAAUUGAUUCAAGAGCCUAGAUUUGGAGACUUUAUUCCUUAGCAUCCAUGGAUGCAGAAAUGAAUAAUAAAUUUGGCUAUGGAAGCCCUGGAAUUUUAGGAAAGUUGUGAUUCUUUGAUAUUUUGGUGAAAUUCUGGAUCAGGAGGGGUGUUAAAAUAUCAGAAUUAUGGAGGCUCAUAUAAGAAGAAUUCUUAUCAUCUUAGUCCUCCUCCCCCAUCUUUGCCUGUCAGGAACAUUUUAGACAAGAGUUACCUUGGUUAACUUAAGGGUUUGUUUUUUGGUUUUUGGUCUUGUUUUUUUUUUUUAGAAAACCUCAUAGAAAUCUCUCACCCAGUUCAGGUAUAUAGGGAAUUUUCCUUUUCAUUAUUUGAAGGAAGAGGGUUUUCCUCACCACCACCCAUAAUUAGAGAUUGGCAUCAGAAACUUUUCUAAAUUAUAAAGACAAAUGACCAGAAAAUUUUUGUCUUUCAUUGAAUGCAGUUUGAUUUAGCAUAAUCAUGAGUUAAUUUGAUAAAGAUCUCCAGUUUUAUCCUUUGACACCCUUUAAUGUUCUAUAUAUUUUUUCCUUUAAUCUGAGACCCUAUUUGUUUCAUAAAAGAAGAUUGGUUAGCAUAUCCUCAAUUGUCUUGGAAAAAAUGCCUAGAUCUAGUACCAUUAUUUCUAUGAUUAAAAUCUUGAAAAUGAAAUACUUGAAAACAGGUAACCAUAAAGAUCAUACCAAUUUAGAAUGAAUAUUAGAGUAAAGUAUGAGAAAUUUACAAAAGGACUCUAUUUAUGGACUCAAUUUUACCAUAUGGAAUAGGGAUCCAUUCUCUGUGUUAACCUACAAAACGUAUUUAUCUGGCCAUUGCACUUCUGAUAAAUUUCAUUUUUAAAUCUUCAUGGUGUCAAAUUCUUAAGUAAUUUCAUGCACACAGGUGAAAAUGCAAUUUAGUAAUCAGUUUCUACUACAUUUAGAGGUCAAGGAAACUGCAUAUAUUCUUUCACAAGGCAUCUAUAUUGUUUAAUAUUUAUAGAGCUCAUAGAAAUACAUCAAUAAGCUCCUAAACUAUACAGCCUCAAUUUCGGGUUUUCACAUUUAAAAUGUUUUUGAUUUAUCAAUAUUUGUGGUUUAACUUUGUGGGGAUGCCCAGACAGUAGAUCAUUUUUGUCUCUAUUUUACCAAAUAAGAAUAACACUAAAGACUAUGUUUUCCAUUCCAACACAUCACUUACCACUUUCACCAUUUUUAGUAGGCCUAAAAUAGUGAGCAUAUAUAAUCAAAAUGAUACUUCAUACAACAUAUACUUCCAUGCACUCUCCAUGUAAUCACAUAUAUGCAUAGAUACACAAUUGUAUACAUAAAAUACCCUUGAAAAUAUAUAAAGACUUGGAGUAAAAUAAAACUACCAUGUUAACACAUAAUUUUUUUGUUUUUUUUAAUUAACAAAAGGGCUCUAUAAAUGAUUAGGAGAGCAGUAAGGGAAUUCUUUAGUCAUUUCAAGUGUGUAUUUGUAUCACACCAGUUACUUGUGUUCAUUGACACCAAAUAUUUUCAAGCUUUUUGUCAGGUAUACUUGCCUUGAGGUUUUGCAGUAGCAAGUGGUAGGGAUGAUAGUGCUCCCUUUUCACCUGAGAUGCCUUCAGCUCAUACCUUGGGAGUGAGGUGUGGGAGUAGCCACCAGCCUGCCACUGACUAGGCACGUUAAGAAUUAGACAAGGAUCGAGAGACUGGUUUUUUCCAGCCUUGGCUUGGAAGCUUGUUUCAAAAACCGUUACAAAAUCUUAACCUUCAAAUACAUUUUAAAUCACUUUAAUUUAGAAUAUAGGUGAGUAACUUGAGUGAUCCUAAACCAAACUAACAAGUGCUGGUUUGUCAGACACCCAAAGCCCACUUCACACAUUUAUAAGGACAGAGAUUUAGGCAUUUUGUCAGUUUUAAGCCCUGAUAUAUAGGUAUUCCAGCUUUGGGGACAUGUAUGUCCAUUCACUUUUGGGGAGAGAUAUUACUACUUUCUUUCUGUGUGGUGAAAACAUAAGCCAUGGUGAACUGAUAAUUUUUGUUUUUAAAUUAUUUAUAUUACUGAAUUGGCAAAAUUACGGUUCACACUUCAGAGCUACAUUGUCCUAUGGGCAUAAAACAAGCCAGCAAAUUUUCUGAUGCAUUUGAAGUUGAAAUGUGUUUUUCAGUUAUCAUUUCAAUUUUUAAAUUUCUUGGUGCUUUGUCUAAUUAAUUACAUGCCAUAAUUUGUCAGAAUAGCUGCUUCAACUGAAUUGCUAUCAUUUGGCUGGAUGGGAGUGAACUAUGUCCUCAAAAUAUAUUGAAAUAAGUUCGUCAAACAUGUUUAGACUUCCUCUCAUUGCUGUAGACAGGCCAGUGUAGAGAUUGGCAUUUCCCUGUCCAGCCCUACAACUUAAUUCCUCUCUGCCUCAGUUUCCCCAUGAUACACUUGUCCAACCUACCUCACAAGGUUGUCAGAAAGAUCAAAUUAAAUAAUAGAUGUGAAAAUGCUUCGAAAAUGUUUUUAAGUGCUAUGCAUAUUUAUAGAGUUGUCAUUAUAGUAAUUCAAAUCCAUAAAAAGGUUAUUAUUAUUUUUUUACUGUUUGAAAAGAAAUAUGUAGUGUCAUUCAUAGGAGUUCCUGAGUGGAUAUGUGAAUCUUUGGUCUUCUUGGCAGGUGCCCUUUCUCUUACCACCAGUUGCUUACAAAAAUUAGCACCCAAACACAUGGCACUUGGAGGAAAAAGACCCACUGAAUCUGAUAAAGUACUUUCUGGUGGCAAAUGAAUUUUUCAUUUUGGUAUAGUUUUCUAUAAAGGAUAUAACAACAUCUUUUGAUAAUUGUGCUUUACAACUUGAAUGCUGAUUCAAGGCAUUAAUUGGAUGUGAGUUUAAUCUUUUCAGCCUUGUAAAUGGGAAAAUAUACAUUAAAAUUGAUUGUCAAAUACAGCAUUUCUUUGGAAACCACCUUGAAACAUUAGUGCUAUGGUUAUGAGUGUAUGUGCCAGUACUUACCAUUGUGGAUAUGAGCUUUCGUUGACUGCUUCUCUGCAGUCAUUAAUGCUAAUAAAUAUUGUUAUGUUUCUUCAUGUAAUAAAUUAAUUUUUCAAUUUC